CCUUCUUACGAGGUUCCACUGCACGCCACCUUCUCUCCCCACACUCAAACCACCUUAUUUAUACCCCAAAAAGCCAACAACCCUACGUGGUCAUUAGAGAAAACACAAGUCAACAAUGUCAACAAGAGCUAGACGAGUCAAAUGGCACACUUCACCCCUACCCCCUACCCCAAAAAUCAUAAACUUACCUACAACCCAUAGUUCUCGCAGUAGAAAAACAAGAAGCCAUAAUAAUAAACAAAAACAACAACAGUCUGAGGUGGUGGAUACUUAUAACUAUAAGGGAAAGUUGGAGAGUUUGUUUGGAGUGGAUACAGAGUUUUCGGGUUCGACGACGAGGAGAGAGCGUGUGGAAGCGGAGGAGGUGAUGGAGGAGGAUGAAGGUGGUGAGCGGUUGGCUGCGGAGAGAUGGAGGUUUCAGGCGGAGGUGUUGCGGGCCGAGUGUAACUUCUUGAGGAUGGAAAGGAAGUCCGCGUUGAAGAAGGUGGAGAAGAAUCGAAUGCGAAUCGAACGUACUCUUAAAUCUGCUUUGAAAAGUGUUGCUUCUGGAAGAAAGAAGCUUUGUGAAGGGAAGAACAUGGAAGUGGUGUUGGAGGAAGAAAUGAAAGAGUUAACAAAGAAACUAGAGGAGUUGCAAAGUAGCUAUAAUGUUGAAGAAGUCAAUGGAGACUGCUCAGUUUUGACUUGUAAAAGUCAAAAUAAGUCAACUGAUGUGAGCAUCGGGACACAAAAGUCAAAGGGAAUUCUAGAUCAGAUGGAGAAAGAUUAUAGAUCAAUCAUCAACAAUUCGGUUGCUAGUUCUGCUUCUACUUCGAAUCGAAUCGAUUUUAGUGACCAUUUGUCUUUCUCCAAUAGAUUCUCUAAUCAAGCAAAGGACCCAUUAGUGUUACAAGAAGCCGGAAACAAAUGCUCGGGCCGGUGCAAGUUGUUAGUGAAGCGGAUGUCGGAGCAAGUGAGAGCAGACACCGAACAAUGGUCGCAAAUGCAGGAGAUGCUUGGGCAGUUGAGACAAGAAAUGGAAGAGCUUCAAACUUCCAAAGACUUUUGGGAGACUCAAGCUCUCGUCUCCAAUAAAGAAAUUCAAUCCCUCAUGACUGAAGUUGAGGAAUGGAGAGACAAGGCUGUCGCGUGUGAAACUAAGGCUGACGCGCUUCAAAACGAGGUUACUUUGGUGAAGGGUGAGCUUGAAAAGUUGAAGAAAGAUCAAGUGAAAGGAAUCGACUCAUCACCCAAAAAGGUUAUUCUUUCGUUAAGUAAACAAAUCGAACGGGAGACAAAGAACGGGUUGAGUUGUCGAAUGAAGGGACAAUGUGAUGAUGUAAGUUGUAAGAAAGACUCGCAACCAUUGUCACUCGGGAAACAACUUGCAAGGGAGAAACGGAUAUUGAUUUCGCAGUUGAAGGAAAACCCGUCGAACAAUAAUGAAAUCUUAAGUGAUGGGAGCCGAAAAGGGUGUCAUUUGGUGAGAUCUCCAUUUAAAGAUGUUGGGAAUUCGGCAUCAUCAUCAAUGGGUAUGUUAAGGCAGAAUAGCAAUGCAAUUUUCCCUUUGCAUUGACUUGAGCCUGGAAGAAUGGUGGAUUAGUUCUUGAAAAUUGAUAUUUGUCUUGGUGUAUUGGUCUUGAAUUUAGCUUAAUAAUGCAGUUGUUCGUUAUGCUUUGAA